AUGUUGAGGAGGGUGCGGCUUUUACGUCAAGUUCGUCUCAAUUCAAAUGUUCCGGGACGGCCAAAUGAAUCGGGAGAUUUGGAAAAGAUCCCAAAGCACUCAAAUGUAAGCUCAUCUGGCUCCAUCCCUCCAAUAAAGACGAGCAUAUCCAAUAUGCUAGCGAAAAAGAAAGUGGAGUAUAACCCCGAGGACAACAAAGAGGGUGUCACAUACGAGUUUCAUGCUCCCCAAUCACCAUUGGAGGUCCGCAGCGAGCAGAUUCGUAAGUCUCAUCAAGCAUCAAAAUGGAGGAAAAUGCUUCCCUCCUUGGCUGUCGGAGGUGCUCUGAUCUGGGGUUUCUAUGCAUACAACUAUUUCACCGCCGACAAGAAGGAAGCCAUUCCAGACCUACUUCUGCCCGACCGAUUUUUGCCUUAUCUGGUGUCUUUCAAGUACCAAGUCGAUCAGGAUCAUUAUUUAAUUGAGCUCACAAGGAAAAAUAGAGGAAGCAUAUUGGCUCCCCAUCAACAACUGUUCGAUGGAAAAAGAAUAUGGAGUGUUGAGAUCAAGCAACCUGAGAUCAACAUUGUGCGCAACUAUACACCAUUGCCUCUGUAUGUUGCGGGAAUCGAUCCUGACACACAGGAGCCUCAUCUGCGACUAGUCACCAAACCAGAGGAGGAAGGUAAAUUUGUACUUUUGGUCAAGCGAUACGAUAGUGGUGAAUUUUCGCGCUGGUUGACGAGCCGCAAGCUGCUAGACGAGGUGGAAUUGCGCGGCCCAGUUGUGGAGUAUAAGGUCCCGUACCACCCAUUGGAUAAAUUCCCUGCAAGGCCUCAAUUGCAACCACUGUUGUCAAAAAUCCAGCCUGACCCUGAGUAUCCUGAAAAUAUCCCAAAGCCGGAGACGUGGGCGUUCUAUGCGGCAGGAACUGGCGUUUUGCCUCUACUCCAGAUGCUAUACUCGCCAAACCCACCGAAGGGCUUCAUCAAUGCCUAUGUUUCGCUGCGCAAGGAGUCUAAUCUUCCAAGCCAGCUGAAGACGCUCAACUAUUUUGCUGAAAAGUGCGGACGUGCUAAGUUUACCUAUCUUAUAAGUGACAACGGAGACAGGCUAGAGGCCAAGCAUGUGUCGAGGCCCCAGCUCCCGAAUUUCUCAGGCCUGAUGGAUGUGAAAAUCAGCGAAGAAGUUUAUAGACAGAAGCUGCUUGCACAGAAAAGACAAGAAGUUAAGAACCAAAUCCAGGGAGCGAGGAUCGAAGAACGUCCAUUGCAGGAAGAGGACGUUAUUCCAAAGCUGGAUAUCCGGCUACAGCCCCAGAACGCAUUCCAGCAGUUUAGUUUCUUCAGGAAACAGCCACCGCAAGUGUACCCGUCGUUUGCAUUUAUUUGCGGGCCUGAGGGUUUUAUCAGUUAUGUGAGUGGCCGCCCGAACCUCAACAAUCUAGAACAAAAAGACACAGGAGACCUUAGCGGCCUGCUUAAAGACAAAGGCUGGACAUUAAGUAACAUUAAAAGGCUUAUUUAG